CUCGGAUCAGAUGCGUCAGUUUAAACCAGGAAAUUGUGGCUUGUUCUGAACAGCCGCCUGAGAAGCGGAUGCCUGUGAGCAUUUCACCUCAGAUGCCUUUCCUAUAAAUGUGGCUUGUCGUUCUGUGACAAACUCAUCACGUCAAAAUGGGUGAGGUGAGCUUGUGCCAGGCACGAGCCACUGUCAUGCUAUACGAUGAUGCAGGGAGGCGCUGGGUCCCCGCUGGAACCGGAGGUCAGUCUGUGAGCAGAGUGCACAUCUACCAAAACCCUGCUAACAACAGCUUCAGGGUGGUGGGACGAAAACUGCAGGCUGACCAGCAGGUUGUUAUCAACUGCCCACUUAUAAGAGGUACAAAGUACAACGAAGCCACUCCAAAUUUCCACCAGUGGCGAGAUUCACGGCAGGUGUGGGGCCUAAAUUUCGGCACCAGGGAUGAAGCUGCACAGUUUGCUAGCACCAUGCAGCAUGCACUAGAUCAGCUCAGUGGUGCCGCUCCCUCUCGGCCUCCACCGAACGGACCGAGUGUUGAAGAGCAGCAGAGACUUCAGGAGCAGCAGGAGCGAGAGAGACAGGAGAGAGAGAGACAGGAGCAGGAACGCCUAGAGAGGCAAAGACAGGCAGCUGCCCCUCCUGCUCCUCCUCCAGCUCCAGCUUCAGCUGCAGGUCCUCCCCCAGGAGUUCCACCUCCACCUGGACCCCCGCCACCUCCUGGGCCACCUCCAGCUCCUCCUCCACCACCCUCUGGUGAUGCUCCAUCUGCCCCGCCACCACCUUCAGGAGGAGGAGGAGGAGGAGGCGGUCUUGGUGGAGCUGGCGGACUAGCAUCAGCUCUCGCUGGGGCUAAACUACGCAAAGUGGCCAAGGAUGAGAGUGGAUCUGCUGCUCCACCCAAAGAGAGUAGCCAGAGCUCUGGAGGAGGAGGAGGAGGAAGUGGUGGUGGCGGAGGAGGAGGAGGAGGGGGGUUGAUGGGCGAGAUGAGUGCACUUCUUGCAAGAAGGCGCAAGGCUACAGAUGCCCCAGUGGUGAAAAAAGAAGAUAACAAUGACAAUUCAACUUCCUCAGAGCCCAAAGCAGAAACUGUUUGCAAGCCUUGGGAGAAGUCUGGUACCCUUCCACGAAGUAAUUCUGGCCCCAAGGGUCUUGAUAGGAGCACGUCUUCAGCUUCAGCUUCAGCUCCAUUAAACAGGCAAAGACCAGGCAGCAAUGUGAGUGACACUGCCGCCAAAGAGAGUAUUGAUAUGGAUAAAUUUAAGCAGGAAAUCUUGGAGGAGGUGCGCAAGGAACUGCAGAAAGUUAAGGAUGAAAUUAUUGGAGCAUUUAUAGAAGAGCUGCAGAAGAUAGGCGCCCCCUAGGGUCACAAUGAUAAACGGCGUCUGCUUUGCAAUGCAAUAAAAUGUUCAAACAGUGUUGCACAUAGAACCAUUUAUGCAAACUCUUGCAAAGAAAAAAGGCAUUUUUCUCAUUUUUAUCUACCUAAAUGCACUAUUCUGAUGUCUCAUAUUCACCAAAGCUGCCAAACAGCAUCUAUGUCCCUUGGCAAGGGUUCUACAAUGAUCUGGAACUGUACAUGAGGGACAAACACCGUUCUACAGUCUAAGGCAGAAGAAGACUUAAACGGUUCAGCACAAGGCUUCUCACACCAUCAUAUAGAUUGUUUUCUUCUUUAAUUUGUCACCCAUCUGCAGAAUUCUUCUAUUAUAACACCUGUCUCUUUUUCUAAUAUGUUUCUUUUUAGAUAUACAGUAUCUACAUACUCAAUCAGUCAUAACAUUAACACCACAUAUCAUUAAAACUGAUUAUCAAUUAUACUGUAUACCAGCAAAGUGGUGGCAGGAUCAUGGGCACCCAAGGCUACAUCUACUGUACAUUCAAUCCUCUUGGGCGGCUUUCACACAGCAGUGGUGUCAGUGUUAUGGCUGAUCUGUGUAUAUUUAUAAAGAAGUACAUGUGCUGUUGAAACAUCAGCUGUGCAUGUGGUGAUGAAUGGUGGGUGAAUGUCAGCUUGCUGGAUUUUUUUCUUUUCUUUGCCUCAGGGAUUAGCUAAUGCAAAUAUAAGUGUAUAAUUACACUUUUAAUUUCCAAUUUUUUAAAUUGCAAAAUUGUUGCUCAUGCCACUGCUGUGUUUGCUUUUUGUUACUUUAUGUGCCUUUGUGUUCUGGUGGGAAAAUAUAUCACUGAUGACUAUUGUUCAAAAAGUCAGUUGUGUUUUCAAAUUUUGGUAUUCUUAUUGCUUAGUGGUACUGUUUAACUACUUGAGAUUUUUCAUAAUUCAUUUGAAUGAAAAUACCGAGUGUUAUGUAAAGGAUUCUGAAAUACAACUAAUUUAUACAGAAUUUGACUUACCUAUUUUUUCUAUAUAUUCUUCUCCAAUUCCUGAUAGGAUAUAUAAUGCACUUAGUGACCAGUAAAUUAAGAAUGAGAUUAACCUACAGUGUAUUGCUAACUGUAGUUCACCUUUUGCUAUGCACAUUUGGUUUUUAAGUUAAAAAUGAUGUGCCUGUUUUCAGCACUAGCACUUGUUUUUUUUUUUUUUGAGACUUGAGCUUAUAUAUAUUCUAUUGGAACCAAAUGACCUUCAAUGACCUCAAGUUUUUGUAUGUGCAAUUCAGCCUUGAUGUGUCCUAAUAAACAGUGUGUUUCAUCAUUUCCACCAGCUUGCAA